CGAUGUAAUUGAAUUUACAAAUAAAAAGAACAUACUACUCUGGCCGUGUCACUUACUUAAAUAGAUUGGCAGGAUCGGGAAGGAAUAAAGAGACAGUGUUAGAUAAUAUAAUAAAGAGUGCUUUGUUCACAUGCUGCUGGGCUUUGGAAAUAUGAAGACUGCUGUAGCAUUGCUGUUUGCUGUAACAAGCCUAGUGUCAGGCGUUAAUGCAAGAGCUUGCUGCAAAGAUGGCUGGAUACCUUAUCAAGGUCAUUGUUACCACAUUGGUUAUGGGACGGAUCUUACAUUUUCUGAGGCACGGGCGUACUGUCAACAUCGUGGUUCUUACCUUGUACGACUUGACACGUUUGCUGAAUACACUUUCUUGGCUGGAAUUUUAAAGAAAACUAACGCUGGACAUACGUGGAUGGGAUUGACCGACAUCUCUCAUGAAGGGAUCUGGAGAUGGUUUGACACAAAAGAGCAUGCUACAUUCUCUGACUGGGGAGCAGGGGAGCCCAACAAUGACAAGGGUGCUGAAGAUUGUGUACACUUCGGUUAUAAUCAGAACUACAAGUGGAACGAUGUGUCAUGCAGUUUUAAAUUAAGACCAUUGUGCGAAAUUGAAUUCAGAUAAAUUGCAAACAUUAAUGAAUAAAAUUUGUUAUUUGUUUAGUUAUUAUUCCAAGUGUAUAUUAACAAAGAACAAAGAACAGACAAGUUCAUAUUUCACAACAGCAGGUAUCGGAUGCCUUGUGGCAGCUGUAUAAAGUUGCACAUUUCUUCACUUCUUCACUCAAGCGUUUGUUCUGGCCUUUGUGGAUCAUUGACUCAAGAACAUUAAGUAUGAAAGUGGUUCUGCAUAUUCAUAUACGUUUAUUGAUUUAUUGCUGCCAAGCGAUCUCCGCAUUUACAGACAGUAUUUAUGAAAUUUUCAGCUUAUAAAAAGAAGCGUGCCGUCAGCCUCAAAAAUUAUUACAGAAAAUCUACAGUUGUACUAUAUUUCAAAAUCGAAAAUUCUCUUUAGAACGUUCAUAACACUUGACAUGUUUGCUUCGAAAACAGAAUGUCCACUUUUCUGCCAUUUGGAUGUAUAUUCUUUUAUUAUACUACGAAUUCUUUAUGCGCGUACCGAAUCCCGGGAAAUUACGCAUUCAAAUCAAACAGUGUAUUUCUUCAAACAGCAAAUAUUCAUGAACUUCAUCAAUGGACAUCUUCAAAGUUGAAGCUGAAGCUGAACAUUUUGAUUCUCUUUGUCACCACACGCUAUGUCGACACUAAAUAUCAUUAAUGUUAUUCGUUAUCGUUUGCAAAAUUAAGUCUUUCUGAUAUUUAACGUCUGUACUUUUAAACCAUACUUAAGAAGUAUUCUGUAUUUUUUCUUGAUAAAAUCAUUAACAAUA